AUGGCACCACCUUCGCGUACUCAACUGCUGAGCUGCUUCAUUGGAAGUAACAUCGUUGCGCUGGGGUCUGGAACUCCGUAUUUGUACAGUUUCUAUGCACCGCAAUUAUUGCAAAAAUGCCAGCUUCCUAUCUCUAAAUCGAGUACUUUGUCUUUCUCUAUGACAAUUGGGUCAUCUGCGAUGGGGUUUCUAGCAGGGCUAAUUAUAGAUAAGAAAUCGCCCGCCUAUUCCAGUGUUUUAGGGGCAUUAGGAACAUUUGUUGCUUAUGGAACACUGCGAUACUGUUACGUUAAUGAAGUUGGUAGCGUUUUGAUGAUCUCUGCAGCAUUGAUUUUGGUGGGAUUUGGCUCUGUUUCAGGGUUUUACGGGGCCGUGAAAUGCUGCACAACAAACUUCCCACAUCAUCGUGGUACAGCCGGAGCAUUUCCUGUCGCACUCUACGCACUCGCGGGGCUACUAUACUCUUCUUUAUGUGCGUGGCUCUUCGGUGACCGUAUGGACCUGGUAUUCACGUUCCUGAUGUGCGUGUGUUCGUCCAUGAUACUCGUGGGAGGGUUCACUUUGAAGAUUCUGGUCGGCCACUCCGAAGUGAAAAAACGUCGGAAAUCUUCUACCAUUGCUCAGCCAGUACUACGCUCUAGCGGAGAAGCAGUAGCACCUUCGUCGCAGCCAAUUGCGAUCCAGGGCCGCUCUAACGCCAGGGAUUCACGAGGAUCGUUCAGCAACUACAAAUCGUUUAUGCGUAGGUCGAUGUCUCAAAUUUCCUCUUCCACGGACUCUUUGGUAUCACUUGGCUCAUCCAUGAAAAGAACAGACUCAUACGUAUGGUCUAAGGAACUGGCCGGUUCUUUGUCGUUCUGGGGCUGGGGUAAAGCCAGACCAUCUGAUAGCUCCUUGAACAAAUCAGUCUCAGAAUCCCCUUCCCCAGUUCAUAAGAGGGAUAAUUCAGCUCAUAGUAAUUCUACUGAGGCGGCCCCACUUUCGAGCUCAAUUGCCGACAACACUAGAAGAGAUUCUCUUUUAAGAGAGUCAAACCCACUAACAAUUGGUGAAACACCCGAGAAUUACGAGCUAGAGCCUAUUUUGUCGAAGCCCAUUCCUGCUUGGCAAGAUAACCAUAUUUAUCAAACCGUAACACAGCCAAGGUUUUUGGCAUUUUUCCUGAUUCUCAGCAUUCUUUCCGGAAUAGGCCAGACGUAUAUUUAUUCGGUGGGUUUUGUUGUAGAUACCAUGGUUCAUUCAGAUCCCGAUAUUAAGGUUAAUACGGAAGCAAUCCAAUCUUUACAGGUCUCAAUUAUCUCAAUUAUGUCAUUCCUUGGCAGACUUUCAGCUGGACCCAUAUCUGAUUUGCUUGUUAAAAAAGUGAAGGCACAAAGAGCAUGGUGUGUACUUGUAGCAUGUGCACUAAUGUUUGUAGCCUCCAGGCAAAUUUUAUCAGAUGUGGUAUCUAUUAGACCUCUGAUCUCAUCGGUAAAUGCUAAGAAAAGGUAUCCAGCAAUUGACAAUAUAUCAUUGACUUCAUUCACGUUUGGAUACGCAUUUGGUGUAACGUUUGGUACCUUUCCAGCAAUUAUUGCAGAUCAAUUCGGUACUGCUGGUUUCAGUACCACAUGGGGUCUAUGUACCACUGGUGGAAUGAUUAGUGUUAAGGCCUUCAGUGCUGUAUUUGCUAACGAUCUUUCGUCAAACACAGAAGUCGGAAAAUCUUUCUGCAUAAAAGGAUCUUUAUGUUACAGGCAUACCUUCCACAUAACUGCAUUAUUUUCAAUUAUCAAUGCGUCGAUUGUGUGCCUCUUGAUUGCAGUAAGCUACUGGCAAAAAAAACUAAAACGAACUGAAAGGACUGGGAAUGCUGUGUUUGUCUUGGAUGAAGACGAGAGCACUGUGCAACAUGGACAGCACGAUUUUGCUGCUAUUGAUGAAAAUGAAGUUUAA